CGAGUGCCAAGCGCCGUUCGCCAGCAUCAGUGGCCACCGCACCGCCAGUUGCGACGGGCACUAUCUCUACCUCGACAAACAACCCGACACAGUGUCUUGUAACGUUACCUAUUGUGAUAUCUGUUCAUUAAUGUCCAUGUGCGUCUAAACAUCGAACUGAAACAAAAUGCACUGGUUUAACAUUUUGCCGUUGGUGGCGGUAAUCACUGUCGGAUUUAUAAAUUCAGUGUUUUCGUUAUUAAUUUCCAGUGGACGGCCAGUCUGUGGUGUGCCCGGCAGUUCGCACUAGUAGUGGCUGGCUAGACCUGUUUCCAUUGCCAUGCAAGAAGAAUUCGGAAUGUCGCGUGAUGGGCAACCAGCACCUCUGCUGCAAUGGCUUCUGUACGAAAGGCGUCAGGCCAUCAGGCGCAAUCCAGCAACAACGAGUGUCCAAGAUAACGGCUAGCGUAGCGGCGCCGAGUAGCACAAGCACGAGCACCACUAGUAGCACGAGUACUACCACUACUACUACUACAACUACGACUACUACAACAUCUGCCCCAAGUACCAGCAGUACUACCACGACUACGACGACUACGACGACGCCGCGGCCGACCACUACAACGACCCCGCCCCCGCGGCCCUUCUUGCAACUAUUGCCCAUACAGAUACCACAGGCCACACAACCCAGCGCACCCGUAAAGACCAGCAACUCAUUAUUAACCGCUGACGUAACUUACUCACACAACUCUGGUUCCAUUUACGAGUAUAACGUGGAUUACUCGAGUGCAGGCAAGACGCAGAAACUGGUGUGCCCAAAAGCUGGGCAAGCACCCGUGCUCCUGUUUCCAAUUCCGUGCGAAAAAAAUUCGCAAUGCCGCGCUACCAGCGGGCCGGACCAAGUGUGCUGUGAGGGACGCUGCGUGAAAGGUGUUCCGGCGCCACGGCCUACUUCGCCUCCCAAAACGCACCAACCCCUAUUAGGUGUUAUUCCUCGUGAAUGUCCGUCGGCACCACUCGGUGAACUGCUGUUUGAAGUCGAAACUUGUAAAGCCGAUUCAGACUGCUGGCCGCGGAUUUGCUGCCCUGAUGGCACACGCUCCUACUGCCGUACUGCACGGGCUCGCCUUGACCUGGUGCCAGUCGCCAAUCAAAUUGAUGGACCCGUUCGUAUGUUGGAGCAAUACUUGCAGUGCACGCCGCCUCCCCAGUACGACCUGUUUCCUCAGAAGUGCAGCUCUAGUGUAGACUGCUUCCCCAACUUAUGUUGUGCAGAGGGCGGCAAGAAGCACUGCAGACCACCACAGCGCAGCCUUUUAGCAUUGCUUGCUGGAGUCGGACAGAGAGUUGGUUCUACAAUAGGCAACUUGCGGCAAGCGCAAGCUAAUGCAAAUAGCUCAUAAGUUUAACGAAUUAAGAUAGUAUUUUGUAGUGAUUAGUAUUUUUAUACUUUUGUACAGUUUUAUUAAAUAAUUUAAAAAAACGUUGUUUUUUUUGUCA